CGACUGCAGCCUGGCCACACACCACCACCUUACAGCUCUUGCCCAUGACUAUCAGUGUACGUCACGACUGCAGUAAAUGGCCCCGCCCCUACCCAUUGACGGCAAAAUGGCGUCGGAGAGCUGUGAUGCUGUGAACAUGGACCCUGACAUGGAACUGCUCUGUGACGAAGAAUUAGAAAGGGAAGCAGAGGGCUUCAAAGAGCAAGGCAAUGCCUUUUAUAUCAAGAAGGAUUAUGCAGAAGCAUUCAGUUAUUACACCAAGGCCAUAGACAUGUGUCCGAAGAAUGCAAGUUACUAUGGAAACCGGGCAGCCACGCUAAUGAUGUUGUGUCGGUACAGAGAGGCGUUAGAGGAUUCCCAGCAAGCGGUGCGACUAGAUAACGACUUCAUGAAGGGCCAUCUGCGAGAGGGCAAAUGCCACCUAACUCUUGGCAACGCUAUGGCUGCGAGCCGCUGCUUCCAGAGGGUUCUGGAGCUGGAGCCUGACAGCAGCCAGGCCCAGCAGGAGCUGAAGAACGCUGAAUCAAUCCUUGAAUAUGAGCGAAUGGCCGAGAUUGGAUUUGAGAAGAGGGACUUCAGGAUGGUUGUGUUUUGCAUGGACCGGGCCUUGGAGGCUGCCGCAGCCUGUCACAGGUUCAAGAUACUGAAGGCCGAGUGCUUAGCCCUGCUGGGACGCUACCCCGAGGCUCAGUCUGUAGCCAGUGAUAUUCUGCGGAUGGACCCUACUAAUGCAGAUGCUCUGUACGUGCGCGGUCUUUGUCUGUAUUAUGAGGACUGCAUUGACAAGGCAGUCCAGUUCUUCGUCCAGGCCCUGCGCAUGGCUCCGGACCACGACAAGGCUCGGCUCGCAUGCAGAGAUGCCAAAGCACUAAAAGCCAAGAAGGAGGAGGGGAACAAGGCAUUCAAGGAGGGAAACUUUGAGGCAGCCUACGAGCUGUACUCUGAAGCACUAACAAUAGACCCCAACAACAUCAAGACUAACGCCAAGCUGUUCUGUAAUAGGGCCACUGUGGGCUCUAAGCUGAAGAAACUAGAACAGGCCAUUGAAGACUGCACGAAGGCCAUUAAACUGGAUGAGACCUACAUUAAGGCCUAUCUACGGAGAGCACAGUGCUACAUGGACACAGAGCAGUAUGAAGAGGCAGUGCGAGAUUACGAGAAGGUUUACCAGACGGAGAAGACAAAAGAACACAAGCACCUUCUGAAACAUGCCCAGCUGGAGCUGAAGAAAAGCAAGCGGAAAGAUUACUACAAAGUGCUUGGGGUGAAUAAGAACGCCACAGAAGAGGAGAUCAAGAAAGCUUACCGCAAGCGGGCGCUUUUACAUCACCCAGAUCGUCACAGCGGAGCUACUCCUGAGCUGCAGAAGGAAGAGGAGAAGAAGUUUAAGGAGGUGGGCGAGGCUUUCAGCGUGCUUUCGGACCCAAAGAAGAAGUCUCGCUAUGACAGCGGUCAGGAUCUGGAGGAGGAAGGCAUGAACAUGGGAGAUUUUGAUGCCAACAACAUUUUCAAGGCGUUCUUCGGUGGCCCAGGAGGUUUUAGUUUUGAAGCAUCUGGACCAGGGAAUUUCUUCUUCCAGUUUGGUUAGCUGGAGGAUUUGUCGACCUAAACAGUUACUGCAUCAGGACUUUUCAACAAUGUCAACCCCCGACCCGCCAUCCAUAUUUAAUGACUGAUUGCAAGUCAAGAUUCCUGUCUAUGCCAUUGACUGAAUGAACCCAAUGACCACAUGCAACUAAUGUUUUAUUAGCAAGGACUCCAGGACGGCACACUGCAAUAGUGUUACUGGUUUUGGAUUUGGUUUUCUUCCUUUCAGAAUGAAACACACUUUAAAGUCAGUAAUGGCUAGCAACGCUGGUCCAAAUAUUAUCUGGAUUUUUUGACAACGCAGCGACUUGCGCAGCUAUUGUAUCGGAGCUUUUAGCGAUCCAUGCAGGAAGGGACAUCCUGGGGGAAACUCUUGAGAUGCAACUGAGCAUUGAGCAAGCUAUUAUCCACCUCGCCUCAACUUGCUGCUGAGGGGGCGUCCUCUGCAUGACAGUUAAUAACUUGCUUAAUGAUUUUUGAUCCCUUAGCAAGUGGCACUUUCCCACUUUUGAAGAACAUGUCAGAGAGACAGUUGGCUGCUAUGAAUUCACACUGAAAACUGCCUCCUUGUCAUAAGCCAAUAGGAGCACUUGAGCAUUUUCUUUUUCUUUUUUUUUUAAGUCACAGCUGGAGCCUAGACCUCCACUUACACUACAGCUGAAGCACAUUAGAAAGAUGGCGGUGGAGGCAGCUGUGCUGGCGGUGGAGGCAGCUGUGCUGGCUUUGUUGCCAGCAAAGUCGCCCUCCCCCUUGUUGUCACAGGUUUUGUGUUUGAUGUUGCCAUUCACAGAUUGAUGCAUUGUACAUUUUACCAGAAUGUAAAGUGUUGAUUUGUGAUGAUAGUUUUUUUUUUUUUGUUUUUCCCCAUUCUUUUUUUUUUUAAUUUUGAUAUGUAUAUUUAUUGUAAAUUUGCUGUCUGAUGGAGAACCAUCUGUGUAAGAUGGCGACACCUUUCUGUUAUUUGAAAGUUUGAGAGAGACACUGAUGAUGAGCAUCCUUGGACACAAAUUGGGGAAGAUAGUUGUUUUUUAGUUCGGUCUGCAUGCAAUAUUGUGCAGAAAUACAUUAUGCUUUAUGUGUUCCUUGACUGUAAUGCAAGCGGUCUAAUUUAAGUUAAUGCAAAUUAGACGCGUUUGCUAUUGUCCAAGUCAUAGGGUGAUGGAUACGUGGUUAUGUUCAGUUUACUUCCUGAUGAGUUUGUUGUUCUCUUGGUGGACUUCAUGAAGAAAAGAAAAGCGUCUUCAUCUUUGCUCUCAUUGUUUCUGCCCUUGUGGUGAAACCAUCCUCUCUUUAUCCUUAAAGUACCAGCCAAGUCAAUAAAGUUGGCCUCCUCUGGGUUUCCCCUAAA